AUGUUAAUGCCACUCUGCCUUGCUCCCGACAAGUCCGAAGCGUACCGCUGGCGGGUGAUAGCUGCCAGAAUCUCAGAUGACAGCUUUGUCUAUGCAGUCCGUUCGACUUGUAUUUAUUGUCGCUCCUCAUGUUCAUCACGUCUAGCUCGUCGUGCAAAUGUCGAAUUUUACGACAAUUCUACGCUGGCAGAGAUAGCGGGCUAUCGUCCUUGCAAGAGAUGCAAGCCUCAACUUGAUAGCGAAGACGAUCCUCAACAACGAACAGUGGAAAAGGCAUGUGCGAAUAUCGCGGAUUCGGUCUCGCGCGGACGUUUACCGAAUUCAAAUCACUUAGCGUUAGAGUUAAAUCUAUCACCAGGCUAUCUCCAUCGAUUGUUCAAAAGAACUAUGGGUCACACCCCGCUGCAGUAUGCCAAGCUCCUUCACCAGCAGAAUGAAGCAGAAUCUCUCGAGAUUAAGGAGAAACAAGUUAAAGAGAAUAUGGGAUCUUUAGUCGCUAUUUCUGAAUAUCAAGAUCCUCUGUCGUAUGAACAAGUUUGCGACAGCGCGCACGAAUAUGGCUAUAUUGACUGGAGCUACAUCGACUGGAGUGAAUUCCAUGCAAUGGUGAAUUCAGACCUUGCGGCCGAACGGUCGGGAUUAGAAAGAAUUGUGUUCUGA